AUGGAGAAGUAUGGAGUCAAGCAUAGGGUGGAAACCCCGUAUCAUUCUCAGACAAGCGGGCAAGUUGAAGUCUCUAAUUGGGAGAUAAAGAGUAUUUUAGCAAAGACGGUGAAUGCAAACAGAAUUGAUUGGGCCCGCAAGCUCGAUAAUGCUCUAUGGGCUGACCGGACUGCCUUUAAGACUCCGAUUGGAACUUCACCCUUCAAGCUAGUUUUUGGAAAGGCAUGUCACCUGCCAGUUGAACUUGAACAUAAGGUCAUAUGGGCUUUGAAGAAGCUGAACAUGAAUUGGAAAGAAGCGACCAAACUUAGGUUGUUUCAGCUCAAUGAGAUGGAUGUGUUCCGCUAUCAGGCAUAUGAAGGUGCAGCGCUAUACAAAGAAAGAAUGAAGCAGUAUCAUGACAAGAAAUCCUAA